AUGUCGACACCGGCAAACGAUCCCGUCGCGCCGUCUCAGACUGCUACCAAGAUCCAGUCGUCCGACCAAGAUGCUCGAGCAAACGCUGCCCCCUCUUCGACUGGCAAGACAGACCCACUAGCCACAGACGCUAACAACUCCUCCAAGCUGCCAGGCUGGAUCAUGGACAAUAUCACCUCUUCGCGCUCCCUUAGAAUCUUGGCAAGGUGCUGGGUCGCUACGUGGGCCAAUUUCGUCCUCAUGAUCCCCAACUCCUCCCUCCGCGUCCUCGGCCAAGCCGCUUUCUUUUGCUGCAUGCUCACGCUUAUGAUCCCGCCUUCAAUGCCCUUUUUCAUCUUUGUUCUCGCUUUCGGCAUCGUCACCAUUGGCGCCCUUACAGGCUGGGCUUGGGGCUGUGCUGCCAUGGCUGCUGCAACUCGUGCUCGAAGCCAGCCGCUGUUGGCAUCCGAAAUCCAACGAGUCAAGUCCUCAGCUGCUUCCGCCACCAAUCCAGAGGCAUAUGCCAUCGCAGCCGUAUUCCAAGGAGAUUUCCUCGACGUGCGCUGCACCGCUGUCUUUGGCAUUUUCCUCAUGAUCGGCGUCUACUGUGUUGCUGUUCUCCAAGUCAAGUUGCCUAAGCUCAAGAUUGGCACCAUUUUUCUGCUCAUCGUCCUCGAUGUAAUGGUUUCCUAUGGCCCGCUCUUUCCUUACGCUCGCUACUCGCUUGGCGAGACUUUUAUGAUCCCUAUUGGCUGCUCGCUCGCUGUCUGUCUCGCCACGCAGAUCCUCGUCUUUCCCGAGACUCUUGCUUAUAUGUGGCAACUACGCUUCGUCGCCUUGCUUCAAACAACUCGUGACCUCGGUCGUUUGCACUAUUCCGCUCUCACAGACGUCUCGCAACUGCAUGAUUCUCACCACACCGACCUCACUCAAGCCUCCAGCGAUUUGCUCGAAGAAAAUCUCAAAGCUGAAGACCAAGCCGUCCAAAUUGCCACCAACUUGCUCGCUAAGAUCAAGACGAAUCGUAUCACCCUCGCCGAGCAUGUUGCAGAGAUCAACGGCAUGUCGAUCUUUCUGGGCAUGGAAGUCUAUCGAUCCUACCUCAGCGCUCGCGACAUGAAACUCAUUUUCCGCAAGUCUCGUUCCGUCAACCUCCAAUUUACGCUGCUUAAUGCCUUUUGGCGCUUGGUUACACAUGAAGCGGGUCUUGCCGAUCGUCACACUUUCGACGAAGGCUGGGACCCGUCGAAAACGGAGGCAGGCUACUUAGUCGAUGGAGAGCACGGCGCAGAGGCUCUGCCCUCCAAAGAACGCCUCCAACCGAUCAGGUUGCACGAGACUUCUACUAUACACCGCGUCCGCCAGACUGUCUUUGCAAGCGAAGCAAAGCAGCAGGUUUCAAUGUCGCGUAUGCUCCGUAUCCUACACCAUGCAGUUGCACCAUCCCUCGCCGCUGCUGACGAUUCGAUCGAAGCGGUUCAGGCCUAUUUCGAGGCCAACCUUUCUUGGAAACAGAAGCGGCCCAUCGACCAAGUUCUUUACCAACUGCACCAAACCAAGACCGCCCUGGACGACGCUCGACAAAGCUUGCUCGAUGAAAGGAGGCUCGAGCUGCUGAAGCCCUACGCCGAUCACUUCCGUGCCUUGCAUCCCGAUCUCGACCUCGAACAACACUUUUUGCAGACCAAAGAGUCGAUUCGCGCAUUCCGCGCCGGUGCUCGACCACUCCACAUCUGCCUCGUCUACGUCUCCAACGUGCUCGAUGCCCUGGAUUGCGUCUCUGAGCUUCAUGGCGAGCUGCUCAGCAUCGCUGAUCGCGCAGGUACCAAGAAGCGCUUCUGGGCGCCAAAACAUCUCGGUCGCCUGUUUGGUCUUCUCACAAGCGACAAACGCGGAUCAACAGACGGCCUCGAUCGACUCGGCCAAGGUGACGCUGAAUUCGAACGCGAAGAAGAUCUUGACAAGGAUUUCAGAGAAGAUCGAGCGCAGACUGCGUCCUCGACCGACGAUGCUGCCUCUCGAGCCAACCUGGAAGGCCACAUGGAGGGUGAAAGCGAUUCGGAUGAGGAAAAUGAACCCACUCGCUCUUCGCCUUCCCGCUCAUCUCCCCCCAUCGACGAAGAGAAAGCCUCUACUUCAGCCACGGACAGUGCCAAGAAAGGCUCGGGAAGGAAAAAACGGACGUACAAGCAACGCUACUAUGCCCGUGACCCCGACGCUUUGCCGCCAACAAGCUUUGGGCAUCGUAUUGGAAGGGGUGUAGCAGCUACAUACUACUUUGUUACCGGAACCACAGGCAUCUAUGCGCUACGAAUGUGCAUUGCGUCCUUUGCUGUGUGGAUCACAUUCGUGGUGCCGCAAUCGGCUGGGUUUGCCUACAAGCACCGAGGUAUCUGGGCGCUCAUCAUGGCGCAAACCUCUGCAGCACUCUCUGGCGGCGAGCUGAUACUGACUUUUGCGUUGCGCAUCGUCAGCACCUUGAUCGGGCUGCUGUACGGAACGGUGUUAUGGUAUAUUUCUACCGGCAAGGGCAACGGCAACCCAUACGGGCUCGCUGCCACGUGCGCGGUGGGAUUCAUUCCGCUAGUGUUUCUACGCGUGUGGGCUCCAAAGAUGUUGAUGCUUCCAGCCAUCAUGCUGUCGGUUUCGGUUGUACUGAUCGUCGGUUACUCGUGGGUGGACACGCACCUACAAGUCACGGCUAGUAGCGGCAUCGGAAUCGACGUUGCAUGGAGAAGAACCGUCUUGGUGAUGGUGGGAUUGACUGUGGCGUUUCUGGUCAUGGUCUUCCCUCGGCCUGUGUCGAGCCGCCUGUUACUGCGUAAGAGCAUGGCCAAGGUGACUCGACAGCUCAACGACUUGUUUAUCGAUGUGAUGGAAACCUGGAUCGCACGCAACCGUUUGCAGAUGCAGCAAGACGAGCGCGCCGGUUUUGAGAACCAGAUCGAGGCUGGCGACGAAAAGAAGCAAUCACGCAGCGAUGCCGUAGCCAAGCUCUGGCAGGAACGAGAGCCGGUGCUGCGAGCUCGGUUUAUGGCGAUCAGCGCGCGCGUGGCAAUGUAUCCGAUGCAGAUACGCAUGGCAGCGAUGGACUUUCACAUUCGUGGCCGAUGGCCUGUCGAAAGGUACGUUGAAAUCGCCACGGUACACGCAACAAUUGUCGAAUCUUUGGGGAGCAUCAUUUCGUCGAUACGCGCAUUUGAUGGCAUGCCGACCGUCUCGGAGGGCGCCACGCCGCCCAAGAGCGUGCCAUCCGAGCCGAACAAGAGCGAGAUGGACUGGCAACAGCUGAUGAGGUUGACAACGCUGCUUGACCCUCAAUAUCUUUCCGAGAUCUGCACAAUGUUUGAUCUACUCUCCAAGGCAUUGAGGAAUGGCGAGCGUCUGAAUCAUGCCUCGUUGUCGUUACUGGAAAACUACUUUGUCUACACACAACGAAGUCGCAACUUGGACGCGUUUUUGCGGAAGAAGGAUGCGGAGAAGGGCGGGCAGACUGCGAUCGAGGGUCAAGAUGUUGUCAGCUGGGCCGUGUUGCGCGACCCGAUGUACUUGCGCUUUACGACGGCAAGAAUGGCGGCGAUCACGCUGGCGGCCGAGCUAGACAAGUUCAAGGCGAUCGUGCAGGAUUUGGUGGGGGAAAGCUCGCUACGUGGGUUCGACAUGCUCAAGGAGGAGCACGACGAGCGUAUGCUACGUGCUGCAAUGCAUAGGUAUGCAGAGUAA